AUGGCGGCGUUCGAUGGCCCGGCAAAGCCGCUCCUGUCCCUAAACCCGCAGGAGGAUGCCAAAUUUAAAAAGGAGGUGGCGCAGGUUCGUCGGCGUGCGACCAAGCAACAGAAGAAACGAAAACUUACUCCUGGAGUAAUCUAUGUGGGCCACUUACCACCAUCCCUUUAUGAAACCCAGAUCCGAGCAUAUUUUUCCCAAUUUGGCACUGUUACAAGAUUGAGACUGUCCAGGAGUAUAAAGACUGGAAAUAGCAAAGGCUACGGCUUUGUGGAGUUUGAAUCUGAAGAUGUUGCCAAAAUAGCUGCUGAAACAAUGAACAACUACCUUUUUGGUGAAAGACUCUUGAAGUGUCAUUUUAUACCACCUGAAAAGGUACAUGAAGAACUUUUUAGAGAGUGGCAUAUGCCAUUUAAAAGGCCAUCAUAUCCAGCAGUGAAACGGUACAAUCAGAAUCGGUCACUUGUUCAAAAGCUACGGAUGGAGGAGCGGUUUAAAAAGAAGGAAAAAUUACUCAGGAAGAGAUUGGCUAAAAAGGGGAUUGAUUAUGAUUUCCCUUCAUUGGUGAGUAUUCCUUUGUAUAAAAUGUCUAACCCAGGUCCCACACCAGUGUGUACACCAACAUUUUUGGAGAAACGAAAAUCUGAAGUGGCCAAACUGAAUGAUCAUGCUAAAGAUAAUGAAAUAGUUUUCAAACAGCCCGUAUCUGGUGCCAAAGAAGAAACACAGGAGACUCAACCACCUACAAGUUCAAAGAAAAAAAGACGGAGAAAACACAAUCAGUGA